AUGUCAACUACGGGAAAAUACGUGCGUAUUGAUCGCUCCACUGAUGAAAUUAAGACAAAUGACGAUGGGUCAGAUUUCGAUAUGCCGAACGCAGGGAGGUUCGUUCGAGCUCCAAGUCCAUACGAUAUCGCAUCCGAUGAUAAUCGUGAAGAAUCCGAUUACGAAUAUGACCGAUGCAACACAACGGCUGAUGCUAGUCGAGAGAACGAAGAAUUGAGACAACAAGUAGCUGAACUGAAAAGAACCGUCGCAGAACUAUCAUCGAGAAAUCAGAGGGCCCACGAACAGAGCUCCAAGCAAGAGGACGUCGAUGAGAGCUGGGGUUGCUCCAGGAAGACACCGUCAGCAUCGCAAGGAAAUUCGAACACCAUAAGAUGGGAUCAGAUAAAACCUUUCCCGAAAGGCGUCCCCGCUAAUAAGAUGUGGGAAGAGUGGACAAGAUACAUCGAGAACUUCGAGAUAGCUGCUUCACUAUCGAACGCUUUCGACCCGGUACGUCGGUCCCAAUUAUUGUUCCUCUCAAUGGGUGGAGAAUUGCAGAGUAUCGUGCGCGCAGCCAGGCUAAGACCAAAUCUAAAUGAAGAGCACUGUUAUGCAACAUUCAUUAAGAAUAUCGAGACUCAUCUUCGCUCCAUGACGGAUACAGCGGCUGAGCAUCAGGCUUUCUCAUGUAUGCAACAAGAGAAAGGGGAAUCAAUCGUCAAUUUCCACGCAAGACUAAUGGAAAAGGUGCGUUUGUGUCACUAUAGUUCUGACGAUCAGGAACGUUUCGUUCGAGCACAGUUGCUGAAAGGCAUGAUAAAUCGCGAACUUGCCAGAACAGCCAGAACGUUUGGGCACGAAACGAAUUUUAUCGUUCAGUCGGGCACUAGAGACGAGGCAUACCAAGUGGAGGAAUCACGAAGCGAGGACACGCGAGAGACAACGGUUAAUCAAUUUCGACCAAAUAAGAGUUUUCCAAACAGCCGUAGACAGCGUUGUUCCAGAUGCAAUCGAUGGGCCCAUUGGAAUCGGCCCUGUCCGGCUCUGAAGCUGAAAUGCAACAGCUGUGGUAUCACCGGCCACUUCGCGGCGGCCUGCAGACAAAAACGAAUCAACGCGGUGCAAGAUAACCAGGAACAGCAAGAAGGCAUGGUAGAGACGAAACUAGAAGAGUUAAACGCACUUUCGAUCGAAGAUGUUCUCGUAAAUUGUCGGUUGGGCUCGUCGACGAUCAUUAAGUUCCUUAUCGACUCAGGAGCAGAUGCCAAUAUCAUCGGAGGGAAUGAUUGGCAGAGUCUGAAGCGUGAUUAUGAAACUGGUGUGACAAAAUUGACUCCAAUCACCACGUUCAAAAGAAGAGGCUUGCAAGCCUACGCCUCAAGUUCUCCUAUUGAAAUUGAUUUCGCCUUCCAAGCACAAAUAGAAUCGGUUGGAAGUUCCGUUGCUAUUACGGCUGAUUUCUUGGUUGUAUCUAAGGGAAAACGAUCGCUUCUUGGCCGAUCAACGGCAAGCGAUCUCAAGCUAUUCUUUAUUCAUUCCAAUGUCAACGAUUGUGCAGAGGUCCAUGAUACAAUUUUCCCAAAAAUGCCGGGUGUCAGUGUAAAAUUCAGCGUCGAUAGCUCCGUACCACCGACCAGAAAUGCAUACUAUAACAUUCCAGCUGCCUAUCGUGACGGAGCUCGGCGUCGGUUGGUAGAAAUGGAGAAUAGCGGAAUUAUCGAAAGGGUGAACACAGCUCCAGAUUGGAUAAGCGGCCUAUCUGCCGUGUCAAAAGGCAAAGACGAUUUCAGGCUAGUAGUGAACAUGCGUGCACCAAACCGAGCAAUCAUGCGCGAAUAUUUCCGUUUGCCAUUGCUAGAUGAAAUGAAGGUCAAACUAUAUGGGGCGCAGUUUUUUACCAAACUGGACUUAAGGAAUGCGUAUUAUCAUUUGGAGUUGUGUCCAGAGUCGAGAGAUCUGACAACCUUUUUGACCGAGAAUGGCAUGUUCAGGUUUACUCGGCUAAUGUUUGGGGUAAACUGCGCUCCGGAAAUUUUUCAGCGCGAGAUGACCCGAAUUCUUGAACCAGUGGAGAACAAGAUAGUGUAUAUUGACGACGUCUUGCUUUUCGCAGCAUCUUUAGAAGAAUUGCACGGAACGGUUGACGAGGUACUUAAAAUCUUCAAGGAGAACAAUCUUACGCUCAACAACGAAAAAUGUGAGUACGAUAAAACCCGGACAAUCUUUCUCGGGCAUGAACUGGACCAAGAUGGAUUUCAUAUUGAGGAGGCAAAAAUUGCAUCUAUACAGAAGUUUCGACGUCCCAGUACAGUUUCGGAGCUGCGGAGUUUUCUCGGCCUUGCCUCAUUCGUAAGCCCGUACAUUCGUAAUUUUGCAAACAUUUCAAAUCCACUUUGGUCUGCUGUUGGAAAUAAAUCGUGGAAUUGGGGUGAAGAGCAAGAGAAGGCAUUUAAUGCUCUGAAAGAUCGUAUAAUACACUGCACUGUUUCGUUGGGUUAUUUCGCCGACAAUGAACAAACAGUUCUUUAUACCGAUGCUUCACCGAAUGCAUUAGGCGCAGUACUUAUUCAAGAAGGCGAGUCUGGAAACCCACGCGUAAUAAGUUUCGCAUCUAAGUCUUUAACGGCGACGGAAAGAAACUAUGCACAAAAUCAGAGGGAAGCUCUAGCUGCAGUCUGGGCAGUAGAGCACUUCUCUUAUUUUCUACUCGGAAGACCAUUCAUUCUACGAACUGAUGCGAGAGGGAUCACGUUCAUAUUCGACAGAACACGUGAAAGUACGAAAAGGGCUCUCACUAGGGCGGAUGGAUGGGCUUUGAGGCUCAGCCCAUAUAGAUACACGGUCGAAUAUGUCAAAGGCCAGGAUAACAUCGCAGAUCCGUCUUCGCGAUUGUACGAGGGACAAGAUGAGCCAUUCAAUGAAGAAUCAAGUCCUUGGGAAAUUGCAAGUCUGGAGGCCAAUGUUGUUAGUUUUCUAACAGAAACUGAGAUCAAGGACUAUACUUCGAAAGAUGAAACAUUGCAGAAGAAAGUUCUGGACGAGGUGUUUGAUAAAGAGGGUAUUCCAAAGGCAAUCAAGUCCGACAAUGGUCCGCCCUUCAAUGGAGAAGAGUAUAAAGCUUACUGUGCUAAGCGAGGCAUACAAACCAUCUUCUCCACUCCGUUCUUCCCACAACAGAAUGGGUUGGUGGAGAAUUUUAUGAAGAUUAUCAACAAGGCCAUGUGUGCUGUGUCUUCCGGAUCUAACCAUUACAACGAAGAGUUACAGGCCGCUGUCCAAGCCCAUAAUGCCGCCGCUCAUACCAUCACGAAGAUGGCACCAGAGGAAGUGAUGUACGGAAGAAGAAUACAACGUGGAUUACCUUUGUUGAACCGGGGAAAACCCGAAAUAGAUGAUGGUCUUUUGGACAGACGCGACUCCGAAGCUAAAGCCUAUUCCAAACGACACGCGGACGCUCGACGUGGGGCAAAACCCAGUAAGACCAAGAAAGUGGACAAAUGGCGAAGUAACGAACAACUCGCAGUCAACAAACAGAAUGAGGAAACUGUAUUGGAUACUCGUCCAUCUCGAGAGAGAAGAGCACCAAAACACCUAGAAAGUUAUGUGCAAAACCUAGAAUGA